GUUACUAAACAUUUAGUGUUCUUAUUUUCCUAGGUUUAUAUCAAUUAUUUGAGUCGGGUUGAGCUUUUUGAGCUGGUGAUAUUGAGAGAUCAUUUUUUUGAUAAAACAUGAGUGGAUAACGUAGCAAAAUCAGGAACCAGACAAUUUUCAAAAUCUGGAACAAGUCAAUUUUUAUAUCGAGCAUCAUCAUCAUCAUGAUCAUCAGAAUGCACUAAUUUGUUGCCAAAUUGAUUAAAAUGCUGUCAUUCGGAAAAGAAAAGAAAAUUUGUGAUGCGAAUAAUAUUCAGUGCAUUGGUGUUAAGCGCAUGUCUACAUAGACUGCUCAUAUGUGCGGCUGGCACUACAGAGAGGAAGCUCGAUCGACGCAAGCGCUAUCUGGCGUUCCCCAAAGGAAGCUCUUUGCAGUUGGUGUACUGUUUUCUGGUGGCAGCUCUUGGAUCUCAGAACAUUUUCACCGUGGGAAUAACUCUGGGACUGGCCUGGGAAAUUCCCUCCAGAAUUCCCUCCAGUAUUACCUCGCAGCACACCAUUAGAAAGAGACAAGAUGGAGAUAGUCUCUAUCCUAGACUUGAAGCAUUUCUUGACAGGUUGGGAAUGAACGGCCAAUCUUGUGUUAUGAGAGCCAUAUGUGAAGCCAUGUAUCGCAAGUCUACCAAACUGUCUUUCAUCGAAGAAAUGAUACAUUCCGUGUUCACGUAUCCAGAAGUGAACAGUGAAGAUCCAGUGCUUGGUCAAGAUAGUCUCUAUGAUUUGCCCAGAUAUAAUGCAACAGCAUGCAUUGAUUACUAUAGGAAGUGUCCCAUCUCACUUCUUGAUCAUUACUUUGUUAGCUAGUUGAUGAAGAAUGGGGGAUACUAUCAGUAAUAUCGAUGUCAAUAGUAUUGAUAUUUGAAUAUCGAUAUAAUUUUAUCGAU